AUGCUGGGGCAUCUUAGAGACACUCGAAUUUGUUCCAAGUCCCAAAUCUAUGAUGUAGAGCAUGUGACCCGCGACGGUUGGGGGUCAAUAGGAUUUAGUUGCACCAGGGUGCCAGAUGCCGUCCAGAGGAAAUUGGCGGCCGAGAAGCAGAAGGGCCCUCAGCCCAGCAGAUUGGCGCAGGAAUUGUGCAGCUACCAGGCUGAAAGGAAGAGGCAUUCAAUGGACGUAUAUGUCCAGAUCACAGGCCUGGACUCUGGGAAGACACGCGGAGUCAAGGCGCUACUGGAUAGUGGCUGCAGUACCAGCUGCAUCGAUACCGACUACGCGCGGGCAGAGAAGUUGGAUAUCCAAGAGCUUCCGCAACCCAUCGUGGCUUGUAACGCCAACAACACCAAGAGCAUCAGCGGUCAAAUCACACAUUACGUCAACCUAAGGAUGAGAAUUGGCCCUCAUGUGGAGACACGCACGUGCCUUCUGACGUGUUUAGGGAAAGCUCAGAUCUUCAUUGGUCUUGAUUAG